GUGAGAUUUUACGCCCUGGCUCCAUUCUCUAGUCAGACAGAGAUAUUCACUUACCACAUCUCACUGGUGGGAAUAGAAAGAGGACACUGGUGGUUGUGAAAUUUGCAAGGGAUAGUAGCAAAGAAGCAACACAGAGCUGUGUUUGAGUGCAUUCCCUCCACGACUAUAAUAGCAAGCCUGGACGGUGUUUUGUUGUAUUCGUCAUUGUCAAUCAAGAAUUACACACGCGGACCAUCUCCACUGAUUAGAGCGCUCCGUAUACCCCUUUACAUCUGUUACGAAACAUAUCUCGACACCAAUGGCAGAAGCGCUCGAGGAGUCGUCGUUCAUCGAUGACGAUAGCGAGACACAUCUCUGCAGGCGGUGUAACCUGCCCAUAAGUGAAGGGCACGCGUAUGAGCUUGGGGGUGAUAGAUGGCACAUGUACUGUUUCAGCUGCUCCAAAUGUACAAAGCUAUUGGGCACCAGCUCGAACUUCCUGGUGUUGGGUACCGGCGACUUGAUCUGCUCCGAUUGCUCAUACGCUUGUAACGCAUGUGGCAAGAAGAUUGACGAUUUGGCAAUAUUGACUGGAGAUCAAGCAUACUGUUCUACGUGUUUCUGUUGUCGCAAUUGUAAGAAGAGGAUCGAGGACCUGAAGUAUGCCAGAACGUCAAAGGGCUUGUUUUGUAUGUCGUGCCACGAGAAGCUGUUGGAGAGAAAAAGACAGCACGAGCACGAGAAGAAGAAGAGGAAUAGCCAGAAGAAUGCAACCAACAGGACAUCAACAAUGGAUAAGUCGUUACCAGAAGUCCCGCUAGCUUGUGAGCCUUUAAACUAUUCGAGCCCAGGGUCUACACUCUCUGUGUCUGGGGAGGCUAAGCUUGAUGACUUGACGUUUGGUACGACGGAUACCCUUGACAUUCCAAUGAGGUCGCCAGCAAGAACUCCAAAGUCAGCUGACAAGAAAGCAGAUAUGAUGCUCGAUGAUCCGGUUUCAUUCUCACCAACAAAGGCUUUGAACAAUGUAUCCCCUAGAGCUCAUCCCACAGAUGCUUUUUCAAAACCUAAUGAUGAGAAGUUGGACUAUAUGAAAACAAGGACCCCAAGAGGUGCUAGACCUUCCUCUCCUAUGAGACAAGUUGAAAACAGCGAUAAUAGACAUGCCCACGUUGUUGAGUCGCUAAGCUCGAGCUCUUCGACGAAUAUACUCUCCAGCUAUACAAAGAAGGAGAACACUGCUUCUCCUGCAAGAAAAAGUCCUCCUCCAAAAGUGGCUGCACCAUCUUUACCCCCAGAUGACGAUUUCAUCGAUAUGGAUGAUAGUGACAACGAUAUAAUUACACCGGACUAUUUGAAGGAAACUAGAGGGUUCGGUAGCACAAUGAAGCACAGUGAUAGUAUACCCACAGGACUCAACAUUCAAGGCUUACAAUCGUUUGAUGAGGAUUUCAACCAUACAUUAACAACAACUACUGUUGCUAAAGAACGCAAGGAUUCCUUUCCUACUGAUCCUCUCGAAGGAACUUCCGCUGAUCCAAAACAGUUCAUGUCACCUGGGCCCUUGAAGAAAACUGCCCAGACAAACCUCACGAAUGCUACUGAACCAUCGUCGUCGCUAUCUAGGUCGCUGUCCCUGAGAUCUCCAAAGAACUUUUUGAGCUUUAGAAAGCACAAGAAGACUCCUUCACAAAACUCUUUGGAGAGUUAUAAAAUUUCGUCUCCAAUGAUUGACAACACAAAUACUGGACCUUUUAAUGAAGCUCAUGAAGACACAACCAUCGAAUCCCUUACGAUGACCCCGAAGACCAACAAGCACUCACCAUACCAAGGAGCUGCGCUAUUCACAACACCUCCAGUACCAACUACUCACCACCACCAUCAUCACCAUAGUCAUACAAAUCGAAAGCUAUCAACUCAUAGCAGAUCCAGAUCGGACAUCAACACAGGAGACGAUGUUAUAUCUUCCGAGCUGGAGUUGAGAUCUCUGAGAACGGAAAUUUCAAAUCUGAAAAUGGCAAAGAGCUCUUUACUUGCUGAGAUAUCUCAGCUAUCGUCACAACGAGAUACUUUGAACCUGGAAAUUUUACAAUUGCACACGAAGUUUGAGGAGCUCAAGAUUAUCGGGCAGUCAUCAAAAUCGUCAUUAGAGGACGUUUCAGAGAUACCUGCUUCCGGAACUUCGUCUACGUAUUCGGGAAGUCAAGCACAACUUGCCGCGACCGUAUCUGCAUCCAACUCAUCCACUACUGUUCCUCUCAUAACCACCAACGAUAGCAGUGUUCAAAUGAUGGAAGAUGGUAAACAGCCAAGAUCCAAAGCACGUUUCUGGAAACGUGGCAACUUCUUCAGCAAGUCCGAACUCUUAUCAUCAUCUGUGUCAUCCAAUUCAAUCAAUCAAAUGGGGAACGAUUCCAACAAGAAUGGAAACCCGCAGAUUUCUGCACCUAUUAUGAGAAAAGAGGAGACUGAUGAGCUCGGUGGAAACGACAACAAGAAGUUGUUGAAUACAAAGGGCAUAGCUGUGGAACAGGUUCAACUGUUGAAGCAUAGUGGGACGCAUGGACUAAUCAUGUCUGAUCUAUUCAGCUCAUCAUUAGAAGCUCGUGCUCAAUAUGAGAACAGACCAAUCCCAUUGAUUGUCACAAGACUAAUCAAUGAAAUUGAAAAACGUGGGUUAGAUUCUGAAGGUAUUUACAGAAAGAACGGUGCAUCUUCCCAGACCAAUGCCAUAAUCAAGGCAUUCAACAACUUGUACCAGGCUGAGACUUCGAGUGAGUUGGAAAAUAGCCUGCAAGUUGGUGAUGUCAACGCCAUAUCGAGUGCACUGAAGAGGUACCUCUACUUCCAUUUGCCGGAGCCCGUAAUAACAACACAUGAGUAUGAGACGUUCAUCUCGAUCAACCGCAUACCCAGCGAUCAAGACAAGUUGAGUGCAUUGGCGAAGGUUGUCCUUUCCCUACCAAAGACAAACGAAUUGACCCUGGUUGCCAUGUUGAGACAUUUGAAGAGAGUUGAAAGCAUGUCUACAGUUAACAAGAUGACAUACCAUAAUUUGGCCGUUGUGUUUGCACCAACAUUCACACGGACCAGUGACGGUGAAAAGGAGCUCCUGGAUAUGGCACAGCGGAACAACGUUACUGAAUUUUUGCUAAUGAGACAAGAUGAAAUCUUGCAACUCGUUGAUGAACAAUAUUGAAAGGGUAUCACAACCUCCACCCCCAA